UUUUGGCCUCAAGAUGGAACAUAAUCAAGAAAAUACAGACAGAAGAUUAACAAUCCAUGAAAUCAUAGCCAGAAAAGUCAAACAACAUCCAGAGCUGGAUUCGAAUUUACUUAUAACUGGAUCAGCAUAUGCUGGACAAAAUGCAGGUUUUUCUGGCCUAAUAGUGGACAGUUUUUUCCAAAACAUCUUAAAUGUGACACAUGCUCACAUAGCAUCAGCUUUACCAAUGGCUGUUCUCCCAUUUUCAUCAACCCACAUAACUUACAAAAGUGUCAUAAGUUUACCUCUGAGCACAGGUGAUCUAAGCUGUGAAGUCUGUGCUGUUAUAAGAGGUGGAAAGGUUGGUCUGAUAAUUGGAGGUCUGUACCUUGCUGUUUUGGCCAUGCCCAUAAAUGAUACUCUGGCAGCCAAGUACAGCUUGGCUCCACUGCAAGAGAAAGGAAAUCUUUGGACCUACUGGAUCAGCGUCUCUCAACCUGUCUUUAGAAAGAUGGUCUUUCCCAUAGUGCUGCAGACUAUGUUUGCAGCAUACCUUGGUACUAAGCAGUAUGAAGUGCUCAUAAAAGCACUUGAAUUACCUGAACCUGGCUUUCAAUUCCAGGACAUUCAAAAUAAAUCAAGUGCACAGCUAAAAGAAUAA